AUGGCCGUUCUCCCCGGCGUUCCUAGCAUUGAGGUCAGAAUUCUCGUCAAUGGUCUGCCCACUGAGGAAUGGCCGUUUCAAGGAAACAUAGCGAGAGAGGCCAGUGAGGGAGACAUCAAAAAGGACGAGCACAAGGCCGGUCCUGCAGGAUCGGAAGAUGCGCCCCUUCCUACCAGACACAGCUACAUAGUGUCUAAGUCGGGCUGCCGAUUCGGGGACUCUCUCACCUCAAGUUCCGAUCUAAAGACCAGCAGUCUCCCUGCUAUGACUGGAGGCAUUGGCAUCGAAAUCCAUAUUGAUGGGACUUUCUACAGCAGAUUUCUAGUCGACCUUCAAAACCACGAGACCCAAAAGUGGAACUAUGCACAUGUCAAAACGCAAGACGGCACUAUAAAGCGAGAAUACCCGGUAUUCUCAGACAUUCUCUCAGGUUUAUACAUUGAGGACCGUGACAAUGACAACACCAAGGCAGAUAUGGUUCGUGUGAAGACUAUGGGAACCAUCCGUCUUACAGUCUGCGCUGUCGCGUCAGAGAAAUCGGUCAUAUAUGAAGUAACGACACCUCCCAUGCGACCCGAAAUGGAACUGGCUCACAAGGCCACCAUCAUACACGGUCAGGGCUUAACUCAUGGGACCACGUUCAAAAAUGAGAAUACUGACGGGACCAAUCGUAAGAGGCCUGGAGGCACCAUCCUUAGAUAUUUGGGUGAGUUUGUCUACAGGUACAGCGCACAUCCUCCCAAGGAAGCAAAGAAACAUGAACUGGACUCAAGUGUUCCGGCAAAGUUGAAGUAUGAGGAGGUGAAAAUGCCAGAUGGCAGAUCUCUUGUUGAUCUUACCGGCGACGAUGAAGAAUGA